AUGGCCACCCCAUCUCUGGAAGAAUUGGUGAAACUGUUGGCUGCUUACCAGGAGUCCCAUGGAUCUUUGGACCAGGUGCUGUCUCAAGUUCAGCAGGCUGCAGGAGGACGACCAGAUCGGCGUGAGGGUGAUGAUUCAUCGCUCAGCGGGCGGAGGGCCAGGAGGUCAAGGCCUCCGUCGCGUUUAUCCCCGAGUCCAGUGAGGAGGAGCGGAGGUCGGAGUGUUCCACGCUGUGAGGGAGGCAGCGGUGAGGCCGGGCGCUUCCCAGCGCGAAGAUUGGCCAGUCGGAGGCGGAGAAGGGCCGGACAGGUGGUUGUGGAGUCCGGGCCCCAAGAUGGCGGCGAUCAGGAUGGCGGGAACCCGGCCGGAAGGUCGCGCAGCCCGCGCGCUUCUCUUCAUGACGCCGCGGCGCGCAUGCGCGCGGCCGACCCGGGCUGGAGCCGGAAGUUCCUCUGCGGUGCAGGAGCACCGUGGCACAUUGCAGAAAGGACCGCAAACGUGCGCAUCCGGCGCCUGCGGGUCCCAGCAGCGGGAAGCGGAUGGCAGCAGCUCUCAUUCCGGAUCUGA